CCUUUUAUAAUACGCAAAAGAAAAUAAGUUGUGGAUCUUGUGAUUCAUAUAGUGGAACGGUGAAACUGUGAAAUAGUUGAUUACGCAAAACUAAAUGAAAAUACGUGCAAUGAAGGAAAAAUAAUUGAUUAAUGCUAUGUAUGUCCGACAUCAACGUUAACUUAAUCCUAAUACGUAUAAUAUCGUAUGAAUAUUAAUGUAUGUAGUAGUAGUCAAGCUUAGGAGCUAGGGCAAAAACGUCGAUGAGUAUUUAGUAAUCAUAUACUGUUAUAUUAUUGAUUAGUUCUCCUUUCUUGUUCGAUCGAAUAAUCCGAACGUACAGAGGCAGCAUCUUCUUCUCGUGAUCUUCUCCAUCAUGUACGGCGUAAACAACACUGGCUCUUUCCUGUCUUGCUAGUAUAAUUUCAUUGAUAAUGUAUUUGAGAUUCUUUCUUUUAAUAAUUAUUAAAAAUUUCUUGAAAAUCGAAAACGAGAUAGGAUAUUUGUUGAUUGUGGUUCUUUUCGGAAUAGCUCUCCAAUGUUCUUCAACUUUUUCCAUCGUUCUGUCAUUUCAAUAAUAUGUUUUUGCAUUAUAGUCCAAGAAAUCGGAAAGCUUCCUAUAAACCAUAAUGUUUCAUUUACAACGCCAUGUGUUUUAUCAUAUAGUGUGAUAGUGAAGACAAACAAAAUCAAACUGUAUCAGCCGAAGAUAAAUUUUUGAAUAAUGCUAAGUCAUUCACAUAUAAACAUGAAUAUUGUGCUUUAAAUCUUUCAGAAAUAUAUCUUUGUAAGAAGAUUGAAACCAACUUCUAUAACAAUUAAGAAUUAACAUAUAUAGUCACAGAACUAUACAUAUUUGGCUUCAAUCUGAUUCUUUUUUUUUACUAUAGAUGGUAAUUUGAAUUUGAUCUCAUAUCAUCUGGAUGGAUACGUUGUGUUGAUGUGGAGAAUAUGAAGGUUAGAUUAGGUAUCAUUCUGAACAAAAUCAGAAGUAUAAAGCAUUAGUUGAAAACAAUAUAGGGUUUCAACGAGCAUAUUAAGUAAAAUAAAAGGGCUUCCCGGAAAUAAAGAUCAUCCAUAUAUACCAAUGACUUUCCUUACCAUACUCAAACCAUAUCUCCCCAUUACUUACACCAAUACACAGAAAACUGCUUACAUUAGUACACUUAAACGCACACAAACAUUCAUAUAGCAUCAAUGGAGAAGAUCUCAAAUUUGCUAGAAGACAAGCCAGUGGUGAUAUUCAGCAAAACUUCAUGCUGUAUGAGCCACACUAUCAAGUUGCUAAUAUCUGGCUACGGUGCGAAUCCAACGGUAUACGAACUAGAUGAGAUGUCUAAUGGACCAGAGAUCGAACGAGCACUGGUCGAGCUUGGAUGCAAACCCACCGUGCCAGCUGUUUUUAUAGGGCAACAGCUCACAGGUGGUGCAAAUCAGCUUAUGUCUCUUCAAGUCAGGAACCAGCUAGGUGCGUUGCUCAGAAGAGCUGGUGCCAUAUGGAUUUAAGUGGCCUUAAUCGUAACUAAGGGUAUACUUAUAUAUUUUUAGUAUAGAGUGUGAUCAGCGUUUGAAGCAUAAUAUAUAUAGUAAUUACAAGAAAACUAUUUAGCGUCAAUCUGAAUACUAGAGAAACAAAAUAAAAUAAAUUAGCGAUUUGAUCCAACUUCUCUUGUGUUUUGAAUGCAAUCGCAGUUGUUAAGAAUUAAGAUUGUAUUUGCAUAAUAAGUAUUUACAUGAGUACAUUAUAGACUUAUAGUUAAAUGGUAUCGAUCGCUUUAUUACUUUAUUAUGAUAAGUAUGCCUUGUGCUUUGUGCAACGUUUAUAACUAGGCUGUGCAAAGGUCUUUAUAUUGUACGAUGCAUGUGAUUAAUUACUUAUUCAGAUA